AUGUCCACUUCGUCAAGAGCCUCUCGUGCCCAUCUCCCCGAUCCAAGGGGCGCCAGAGUCCAUGUACCCUUUUUCGACACCGACGGGCCAGGAGGAUGCUCAAGUUGUUUGGUGUGGACGCGGAGGAAGAAGAUGCGAGACCACGAGAGAGCAAGAGCCUACAUGGGCAGAUAUGGCGUUGAGCUUAAUCGAAUUCCGCCGGCACGCGAUCAAUCGUCUUGA